AGAGGGACCGACCGCGGGAGACAGACAGAGAGAGAGAGCCCAGAGGGAGGGGAGACUCCAGCAACCCGCUCACCAGAGCUCAGCCUCCAACUUGUUUCAGUUCAUUCAUCCUCCCAGCAGCCGGCUCCGGCUCCGGAGUGACAGUGGCUCGGUCUGUUUGGAAGUCCUGAGGAUUCCUCGCCCCAGAAUCUGGAAGGAACUUGGUGAAUCAUAAGCACCACUAGUGGACUUCUAAGAACAGCACCACCAGGUUGUCCAAGUAAGGAAGAAGAUGCUAAUCUUACGAAUGGGCCUACUCUACAGGAUCAGCCUUGGGCUUCUCAUCCUGACCAAUAUCUUCCCUGGAACAGCUGGCCAAGGGGAGUCAAGACCGGGAGACUUUGUGAAGCAGGACAUUGGAGGCCUCUCUCCCAAGCAUGCCCCAGACAUUCCUGAUGACAGCACCGACAACAUCACCAUCUUCACCAGGAUCCUGGACCGCCUUUUGGACGGCUAUGACAACCGCCUGCGACCUGGGCUUGGAGAUGCAGUGACAGAGGUGAAGACUGACAUCUACGUGACCAGCUUUGGCCCUGUGUCUGACACAGACAUGGAGUACACCAUCGAUGUCUUUUUCCGACAGACAUGGCAUGAUGAGAGGCUGAAAUUCGAUGGGCCCAUGAAGGUCCUGCCACUGAACAAUCUCCUGGCAAGUAAGAUAUGGACCCCUGACACCUUCUUCCACAACGGCAAGAAAUCGGUAGCCCAUAACAUGACCACGCCAAAUAAGCUGCUGCGACUGGUGGACAACGGGACCCUGCUCUACACCAUGAGGCUGACGAUCCACGCCGAAUGCCCCAUGCACUUGGAGGACUUCCCCAUGGACGUGCACGCCUGCCCACUGAAGUUCGGAAGCUAUGCGUAUACAACAGCUGAAGUGGUUUACUCCUGGACUCUUGGGAAGAACAAGUCUGUGGAAGUGGCACAGGAUGGCUCUCGCCUGAAUCAGUACGACCUGCUGGGCCAUGUUGUGGGAACAGAAAUCAUCCGAUCCAGCACAGGAGAAUAUGUCGUCAUGACAACCCACUUUCAUCUCAAGCGAAAAAUUGGCUACUUUGUGAUCCAGACCUACCUGCCAUGUAUCAUGACUGUUAUUCUGUCCCAAGUGUCUUUCUGGCUCAACCGAGAGUCUGUCCCUGCCCGCACUGUCUUUGGUGUCACCACCGUCCUCACCAUGACCACCCUGAGCAUCAGUGCCAGAAACUCCUUGCCUAAGGUGGCGUAUGCGACGGCCAUGGAUUGGUUCAUAGCCGUCUGUUAUGCCUUUGUCUUUUCUGCGCUGAUUGAGUUCGCCACUGUCAACUACUUCACCAAACGGAGCUGGGCAUGGGAAGGCAAGAAGGUGCCGGAGACCCAGGAGCCCAAGAAGAAGACCCCAGCAGCCCCAGCGAAGAAAGCCAGCACCACCUUCAACAUUGUGGGGACCACCUACCCCAUCAACUUGGUCAAGGAGACCGAGUUCUCCACCAUCGCCAAGGCUGCCACCCCCAGUGGCUCCUCCACCCCUACACUCAUCGCCUCACCCAAGACCACCUACGUGCCAGAGAGUCCCACUGAGACCAAGACCUACAACAGCGUGAGCAAGGUUGACAAGAUCUCUCGCAUCAUCUUCCCUGUGCUCUUCGCCAUCUUCAACCUCGUCUACUGGGCCACCUACGUCAACCGGGAGUCGGCCAUCAAGGGCAUGAUCCGCAAGCAGUAGGUCCUUUCAGUAGAGGACUAGCGUGCGCCCCUUUCUGAAGGCCAAACAGAAGAGAGAACUGAGAAGCCAGAGAAGCAUGACCUCAGAACGAUCUCGGCGGGCCUCUGGGGUCCUGGAAUGCCGUUUGGUUGGACACCAAAAUGAUGCUUAACAAGUCAAUGAGGAGACUACUUCUGAUAGUCACGACUCAAGGGAAUGAGAUCGUUUAAGAUGGCAGCCACUAGUCCAGAAUACCUAGAAGCCCAAGGUAAAGCCACCCGUGAUGCCAAAAGCCGAUCUCCCUGCCUGCCCCUGACCAAGCUCUUACGGGGUCUGUCAUUAGCUGCUCGUUGCCUUUCCCCCAUCCUUCCCUACUCCCUGCUUCCUUGCCAUUGCUGGGAUAAUGCAUGCCAGUCCCAUUAUCCACUAGACCAUGUCUAUAGGUAACCUCAAGAGGAGUGUUGUGUUGUGGAUCUGUGGGGGUGGGGGUGGGGGUGGGGGUGGGACUGUAAAUGGUUGUCUUACAGAGUUUCAAGUGGAAGUCUGACCUUUGCCUCUCUGUAGAAAUUGUGUUUCCAAAUGCUUCAGUGCAGUGUUUAGCGGCUGUUUAUUAAACUCUUCUGAAUUGUA